AUGGAUCAGAGUUUGAAGGAUGCUGCUCAGCAAGGAAACAUUGAUACCUUGUACGAAUUGAUACAAAAAGAUGCAAAUGUUUUGGACAGAAUCGAUGACAUUCCAUUUGUUGAGACUCAUUUACACAUAGCCGCAUCUACGGGACGCACCAGGUUUGCUAUGGAAAUCAUGAAGUUAAAACUUUCAUUUGCUAGGAAGCUUAAUCAAAAUGGCUUCACCCCCAUGCACCUUGCUUUGCAAAAGCUCCAUGAGCUUGAAAAAAGCCCUGAUUUGCAAAGAAACCUAACACAAGUAGUGGACCGGCUACUUGAUAUUGAUAGCGAACUUGUUCGUGUUCAAGGAAGAGAGGGUGUGACUCCUUUUCAUUACGUAGCUCAAAUUGGAAACCUCGAUCUUUUAACCAAAUUUUCUAAAGGCUGCCCAAAGUCUCUUGAAGAUGUGACAAUUCGAAGAGAGAAUGUCCUGCAUGUAGUCCUGAAAUAUGACAAGAUCGAAGCUUUUCGGCUCCUGCUUGGAUGGCUUCAGCGAGCUUGCUUUAAAGAUGCCGCAUCGUGGGAGAGGAAACUACUAUAUUGGAAGGAUGAAGAACACAACACUCUGUUGCACGUUGCAGUAUCAAAAAAUCAACCCGAGGUAGUGUCAUUGUUACUGGAUAGAGGAUUUGUUGAUUUAAAGGCCAAGAAUUUAGAGGGUGAUACGGUCUUUAACAUCUUGGAACGCCAAACACAGGCCAACGUGGACAACCGACUGAUCGGUGAUAUGCUCAUGCGACGGGAACAUCCUCCCAGACGUUUAACUAGACUUGGAUAUUACUUAAUAUCUCCUCUCAAAGUUAUGCUACGACAACAUCAUGUCAGACUUGGAUUUGAAAAUUUCUACCAAAUUAACGAUAAGUGUUAUAUAGGAAUACGUCGUCGGCAAACAGUUAUAACAGAGGAGAGGCGGAAUACCCUGUUGGUUGUUGCUGCACUGCUAAUAACGGUCACCUACCAAGCAGCAUUCAGCCCUGAUAAGCAACCCAAUGAGUUCAACUGCACAGCCCCAAUCAACGGUACCGGUGCCAAUCACUACUUCAAUCAACGCUACCGGUGCCAGUCACUACUUCAACUGCACUGCCCGCUUCAAUGCUAG